AUAACAUAGAUGUAUUGUGAGCUUUCGGUUUUGUUUUCUUCCCACUAAUACUUAAAGUUACCCUGUUACUGGUGGCAUUCGGUUAUUUAGUAACAACUAACUGGAACGAGGAACAACCCGGAUGACAUCAGAUCCGGAUGGUGGACUCAUGCUGUACUGUCCGGCGUUGCGUCCAUCCGUGUGUCUCUAUCAUUGUGUCUGUGCGUGCUCGGGUUGGCUGGUGAGUGGGUGGGAUCACUGCGCUCGCGUCGUCGGUCGACUCGAGAUCAACAGAAGAAGAAAACUACUAGUAGUUCGCCGCUGCAUUGUUUCCCUGUCAUGGAGUCGCAGACGAAAAGUCCCCGGUCGCUGUUGAUCUGCGUCUUGGUGCUGUGCGUUCAGCUGCGGUUGGCCUCGGCGGGAGACUGCCCCGCAGACGGACGCACCUGGGUGCCCUUCAGAGACCGAUGUUACUACUUCGUCCACGGAGAAGAAGACGCAAUCAAGUCCUACACUUACGCGCGGGCGAAGAGCCUCUGCCAAGGCUACGAGCUUUUGAGCGUCCAGAGUGCCGAGGAGAAUGACUUUGUCGUUAAAUAUAGCCCCAGCGUGUGGAAGGGAAGGGUCAACGUGUGGCUGGGAAUGUACUAUGACACAAACAGUGAAAACAUGAGGUGGUUAAGCGAGGACCCUGUGCAGUUCACUAACUGGGAGGACAGCUACCCGUCAGACCUCUUGCCCAUGGAAACGUGCGUGUCUCUGCACAGUGACACGGGAAAGUGGGAAAACGUCAGCUGCGUGAACGACCUGGAGAACGGGGUGGUCUGUGAAAUAGCUCAGAAAGUGGAGCAACCCAGGAGGAAACCUAGCGCGCUGCUCUCCGCCCUGGUCAUUCUCAGCGUGCUGGCCAUCGUGGGAGUCUCAGCGGCCAUUUGGUUUGUGCACCAGAAGCACAACUUUGGCUCCUCCAUCGUCACGGCGUUCGAGUACCACCCUCCGUUCCGAGUCCUGGACACGGACCAGUCGUGCCUGGUGGAGUCAGAGGAGCUCGACAGCGUGCCGUAGGAGAACUUUAUCUGUUUUUCACAACAGGAAGCACCACCGGGCCCUUAUCUCUUUUUGGUGGGUGUUUUUGAUGUGAAGACGAGUCCGCUCUUACGGCAACCACGGUUUUUGGUUAACACGCAACAUAAUGUAGUGUGAUUGGGAGGAAACCAGACGCCAAGCUUACUCCGAUUCUAACCCCGUUCUCUGUGCCGCAUAAGCAUCUUUUAACCACUGCAGUAUCAAGUAAUUUCUCAGAUUGGUGCCUUUUCUUUGCCCGUGACUAAAUGCAACAAAUAGUACUGUAUAAUAGGACCUACACAAGGGUUAAAUAAAGUGUAGAAUCUCAGUUUUUUCUUUCGCAUAUUUAAAGAGUCUUACUAUUGCUUGUUUCAAAGAUUGAAGUGAUUAUAUAAGCUCCCAUGCUUCUUGUGAGCAGGCAGAAAUACUCGGUAACAGAGCUAUUCUAGUGACUUGCACAAAUUUGGGCGACUAACAAGCAGGAGAUUAAAAAAGAAACCGCGGCGAUGUCUUGACGUCUCCUUGGAAGAUGAGUCCCUGGGAAAUGUUGAUGGCUUGGAACACAGGCAUUCUGAUGAAAACAUGCGAUCUUGAAUCGAGCAAACCUCGUGAGGGUUAUUUUUAAGACUUUCGAAAGCUCCCCAAAAGCCACAGUGAACAUUGUGUAAUGUCAUUGGAGUGUCCCUUUAGCCAGCAUCCACUCUCCUACACUAACAAGGGCACAUGUAAAUAGCAUAAUCCAAACAAGAGCCCCAGCUGACCGAUUGCCUUGUCACUUUAUGCAUGUAAAUGUAGCCAGUGAGGUAAAGCUGCAUUGUCCGUGAAUUUGUAUUUUUCCAGGUAAAAUGGUCUUUAAAUCAAUUUAAUGAUACUGUUAUGAAGACUUUUUUUUUUUUUAAGCUUCCUGUUUAUUGUGGCUCUGUAGCCAGUAAAUAUGAAACUCUCAACACUGUAAAGGUUCUCAGUCAUCCAGGUCGUCAUGUCUCUAAAACAAGGCGGCCGGACUCGUUUGAGGUUUCCUGACCUUGUUUCACCAUUCACCCAAGCGGCUUCUUCAAUCGAAGAACCUGUCUGGGUGGGGUUUAGAUACUGCUCUGAUUGUUUUAGACGCUACAGAUUCAUUCCUGGUGGCCAUCAUGUUAAAGCUAUAGUGCCUCACGUUUGUCUCCCCCAUCAGGCAGUGAGAGGAACUGCAUAAACAUUGCCAAUGAAUAGCUACAAGCACAUUUCACCUGUGUCUGGUUAAAGGUGCAACAUGUUUGCCGUGUGAAAUACACCAUUAUAGCAACUUGUAAAUAAACCAUCUGGUGAAUAAUUUGACAGUGUGAUGAGAAUGUUGCAGAAUCACGACAGGAGAUCCUUCUUCAUAUUGUUGAUUUUUUUUUUUUUUAAUAAAUUUGCACAAAUUUCUAAAAA